CUUCAUUGUGUAACAUGUGACAGCCAUUUUCGAACAGCACAUCGUGAAGGAAUUCCAAACUCAUGACGACCCUUUCAGUUUCAGGUUCCAAGUUCCAAGUUCCAAGUUCCAAGUAUUAGUUUCAUGAUGGCGAAACGCUUCAAGCUGAGAUUCAAUAUGCCUUCCUUUCAAAUGUGUCGCUCAAAAGAAACUUCCUCCUUCCCAGGGAACCCAGUUCCCGCCAUAUACCGUCUCUCUCCCGUGAACCCUAACGCACGUGACACGCGCUAUCCGAACGUGCCUUCUCCGUCACCGUCGAAGAUAACGUCCAUCGCACAAGGAUGCAAAAUGUGCCGCGACAAGGAGGAUUCUAAGAGCGUGAGAUCCAGAGGCCGGAAAAGCACGUCCAGCGUACCGUCACGGAGAAGCGAUUAUCUAAUCGACAACAUCGAGGAAGAGGAAAGCGAGACUCUGAUUUCUUGCAUGACAAGUUUCUCCGACGAGGGUGAGGCGAGAGAUUUGAGCAGCAGCAGCAGCAGGCGGAGAAGGAAGACGAGCAGCGUGAAGAAGGUUGAGAGAGUGAGGUUUCACGGAGCAACGGCGGCGGCGCGGCUGAAGAAGACGGUGACGCGGAGCAGCGUGGAGGGGAAGGUGAGGGAGAGCUUCGCGGUGGUCAAAAAGUCCAAGGAUCCUUAUGAAGACUUCAAGAAAUCGAUGAUGGAGAUGAUAACGGAGAUGGAGAUGUCUGAGGCGCAAGACUUGGAGCAGCUUUUGCAGUGUUUCUUGGCUUUGAACUCCCGGAGUUAUCAUGCAGUCAUCGUCCAUGCUUUCAUGGAGAUUUGGCAACAAAUGUUCGUUUGGAACCCUACCUCCGUCAAAAAUCUCCAAACUCAUGUGGAAAAGUAAAUCGUGUUUUGUUUUCGGUACUUUAUAUGUGAAUGAGUGAAUGUUUGAUUUCAUUUUUUCCUUUAAACAAAUGAUUCAUGUACACUUCUAUAUUUUCACAUUUCGUGAGGAAAAAAAAGAAGUGUAUGUAUAAUAAUAAGAUAAGACAGA